UGUACCCCACAAUAAUGAUAUCAAUAGUCUGGGCUGUCCUUUCUGGACCUGUGCGCUCUCCACGGUAUACUGUGCGAUGCUUCACGUAUGUCAGUGAGUGUCUUUAUUCUCUUGCCGAGUUAUCAGCGACAUAACGGCAGCGGAGGAGCCGGCAGUCUGAGGCUGCCAGAUCUGCCCUAUAUCUCGUCUUAUGAUGAUCGCUGCGGCGUUUUUGGUCCUACUAAGGCCGUACAGUAUUCAAUGUGUGCUGCUGUUGUUGUUGCUUUUGCUGGGGACUAUUGCGACAAUUUUGUUUUUCUGCUGCUGGCAUCGCAGGCUUCGUAAUGGAAAGCAUCCAAUAAAAUCUGUGCUCUCUGGACGCCCCAAGAGCCGCGUUGGCCUGCGAACGCAUCAUUUUCGAUCAGAGGGCUUCAGGCACAGUCCACAUCGCCCGAGAAGAAGCAUACAUGCUCGAGUGACAGAGGAAAAGCCCAAUCUGGUCGAGGUUCCUGAAAGUGAACCCGACUCAUCGUCGUCUCUAAGAAAACGCAAAGUGAAGAAGAGAGUCCUGCCAGAAUUUUACCAGUCUGUACAAGUCACCCCUACACGUAAACCUAGCUCCAGUUCGGGCAAUCCUUCCCUACACUGCUCCAUGUCUUCCUCGGCGGAUUUUUCGGACGAGGAUGAGUACAGUCUUAAAUCUGGAUCGGCGUCUCCUGCACCCGGAGACACUUUACCCUGGAACCUGCCGAGACAUGAGCGGUCCAAGAGGAAAAUCCAGGGAGGAUCCGUGCUGGAUCCGGCGGAGAGAGCUGUGCUCAGGAUCGCAGAUGAAAGAGACAGAGUGCAAAAGAAGACAUUUACAAAAUGGAUAAACCAGCAUCUGGUGAAGGUACGAAAGCAUAUAAAUGAUCUUUAUGAAGACUUACGAGAUGGACAUAACCUGAUCUCGCUGUUGGAGGUUUUGUCUGGAGAUACACUGCCAAGGGAGCGUGAUUUUCUGAAGACUUUGCGGUUGGUGAGUGGGACAGACGCAUGCGCAGUUGAGCAGCAUGGAGACACGGUGGAUGAUGAUAAGGGGCCUCGGGAAAGAGGGAGGAUGCGCUUCCACAGACUCCAGAAUGUACAGAUAGCGCUGGACUAUUUAAAGAGGCGGCAGGUCAAACUUGUAAAUAUAAGAAAUGACGACAUCACAGACGGCAACCCAAAACUGACGCUGGGAUUGAUCUGGACCAUAAUUCUGCACUUUCAGAUCUCAGAGAUCCAUGUGACGGGAGAGUCCGAGGACAUGACAGCCAAGGAGAGACUGCUGCUCUGGUCCAAGCAGAUGACAGAGGGCUAUGUAGGUGUGCGAUGUGAAAAUUUCACAACCUCCUGGAGGGAUGGGAGGCUAUUCAAUGCCCUUAUUCACAAAUACAGACCAGACCUUGUGGACAUGAGCCGUGUGUCAACACAGACCAACCGAUCAAAUUUAGAAGACGCAUUUUGUGUAGCUGAACAGCUGGGGGUGGCCAGACUACUGGAUCCAGAGGAUGUUGACGUCCAGUCUCCUGAUGAAAAAUCAGUCAUCACCUACGUCUCAACACUGUACGAUGCCUUCCCCAAAGUACCCGAUGGAGUUGAAGGAGUUAGUCCUAAUGACGUUGAUAUCAAAUGGGUCGAGUACCAGAACAUGAUUAAAUACCUCAGCCAGUGGAUCAAACACAAUGUGGCUAUAAUGUCAAGUAGAUCAUUCCCCAAUAACCCUGUAGAACUCAAGGCACUUUAUACACAAUAUCUUCAAUUCAAAGAACAUGAAAUCCCACAAAAAGAAAAUGAGAAAACAAAAAUCAAAAAUCUCUACAAAAUGCUUGAGAUGUGGAUCGAGUUUGGACGUCUUCAGUUACCCCCGGGUCAUCAUCCGAAUGAUGUGGAGAAGGAAUGGGGUAAACUAAUUGUCGCCAUGCUGGAAAGAGAGAAGAGCCUGAGGCCAGAAGUGGAAAGGCUUGAAAUGUUGCAGCAGAUUGCCAACAGGGUUCAGCGGGACUGUGUUAAUGGCGAGGACAAGCUUGCACUGGCGAGAACGGCCCUGCAGUCUGAUGCAAAACGUCUUGAGUCUGGUAUUCAGUUCCUAAAUGAAGCUGAGAUCGCUGGCUACCUGUUGGAGUGUGAGAAUAUUCUCAGACAACAAGUAGUGGAUAUCCAGAUUCUCCUGGAUGGAAAAUUCCCAUUUGCAGAUCAGCUUGUCCAAAGGGUGUCAAAACUCCGCGAUGAUCUUCUAGCCCUGAGAGCCGAAUGCUCCUCUGUGUACAGCAAAGGCCGCACCCUGACAACAGAGCAAACCAAAAUGAUGAUCUCAGGCAUCACACAGAGUCUGAACUCUGGCUUCUCCCAGAGCAUUAACACUAACCUGACACCAGCCCUUACUCCUGCACUCACCCCAGGGGGAAUAGGUACCCCUGGGUCCACCUUCACCUCCAGCCUUACGCCGUGCCUCACCCCAUCCUUGACUCCUGCCUUGACCCCGAGUCUGCAGCCUGCAUCAGUCCAGAGCUACUUGGGGAGUGGUGAUGGCAUGGACCCAGGUAGCCUCAGGCAUUUGAAAAACAUGCAGAUCCGGAAGCCCUUACUGAAAUCCUCACUGGCGGACCCCAGCUUGACAGAAGAAGAGGUCAACAUGAAGUUUGUUCAGGACCUUCUAAACUGGGUAGAAGAGAUGCAGAUGGAGCUGGAGCGUUCAGAGUGGGGAUCUGAUAUGCCAAGUGUGAAAAUGAAUUUAGAUAACCACAAAAAUGUACACAGAGUGAUCGAAGAAUUCCAAAUGAGUCUUAAAGAAGCCAAACUAAGUGAAAUUCAGAUGACGAUGCCUUUAAAGCUCAGCUAUUCAGACAAACUGAACAAACUGGAAAAGCAGUAUGAACGACUCUUGAGCUCAUCUAGGGAGCGGCAAAGUCACCUGGAGAACCUGCAUGACUUUGUGUCACAGGCAACUCAAGAGCUCAUCUGGCUGAACGAGAAGGAGGAAGAGGAGGUUGCCUUUGACUGGAGCGAUCGCAACAUUAACAUCUCCAAAAAAAGGGAUUACCACGCUGACCUGAUGAGGGAGCUGGAUGAAAAGGAGGAAGCCAUCAAGUCUGUGCAGGACAAGGCAGAGCGCCUUAUGCUCAAGAACCACCCAGCCAGGCUAACUAUUGAAGCAUACAAAGCUGCAAUGCAGACCCAGUGGAGCUGGAUUUUACAGCUCUGCUCAUGUGUCGAACAACAUCUCAAGGAGAAUGCCAUUUAUUUUGAGUUUUUCAGUGAUGCCAAAGAGUCCAUGGAUUACCUAAAAAAUUUGCAGGAUUCAAUUCAAAGAAAGUACAGCUGUGAUCGAACAAGUACCCUACACAGACUGGAGGAUCUCAUUCAGGAGUCCAUGGACGAGAAAGAGCAGCUUCUUCAGUACCGCAGCACUGUGGCUGGGCUGGUGGGCAGGGCUAAAAAUAUUGUGCAGCUCAAGCCCAGAAACCCUGAAAAUCCACUAAGAUCCUCCAUCCCUGUUAAAGCGAUCUGUGAUUAUCGUCAGAUAGAGAUUACCAUUUAUAAAGAGGACGAGUGCGUACUGGCCAAUAACUCUCACCGGGCUAAGUGGAAAGUCAUCAACCCAGCAGGUAAUGAGGCGAUGGUUCCCUCUGUUUGCUUCACUGUCCCUCCACCCAACAAAGAGGCCGUUGAUAUGGCUUCAAGAACUGAGCAGUUAUAUCAGAACGUCCUGGCACUGUGGCACCACUCCCACGUCAACAUGAAGAGUGUGGUGUCUUGGCAUUAUCUAAUGGCUGACAUUCAAGCCAUCCGCAACUGGAAUGUGGCUUCAAUAAAGACCAUGUUGCCAGGUGAGCAUCAGCAGGUCUUGAGCAACCUGCAGUCCCACUUUGAUGAGUUCCUGGAAGACAGCGAGGAGUCAGAGGUAUUCACUGUGGCGGACUGCGCACAGCUCGAGAGAGACGUGGCGGCCUGUAAGGAGUACUACCAGGAACUGCUCAGAUCCGCAGAGAGAGAGGAACACGAGGAGUCGGUGUACAAUCAUUACAUCUCGGAAAUACGCAACUUCCGUAUGCAUCUGGAGGCCCAUGAAGAACACCUGAUCAGGCAAAUACGCUCACCCCUGGAAAGAGAUGACCUGGAGCAGAGUCUGCAGCGUAUCACAGAGCAUGAGAGGAAGACGGCAGAGCUGAAUAAGCUGAAGGAGGAUCUGGAUGCCAUGAAGGAGAAGUGUGAGCUGUUCCUCAGACAGGCUGCAGGUUCUCCGUCUGUGGCAACGCUUUCAUCUGAGCUCACAGUCCUCGUUCAGAGCAUGAGCCAAGUGUACUCCAUGUCUUCCAUUUAUAUGGACAAAUUAAAAACUGUGAGUUUAGUGGUGAAACACAGUCAGAGUGCAGAGGCGCUUGUUAAGGCCUAUGAGUCCAAACUCUACGAAGAAGAUGCCAUGAACCCUGAUGUCAAAUCCAUUGAAAAUGUCAUUUCCACACUAAAGCACUGGCGGACAGAGAUUGAUGAGAGACAGGAGGUAUUCCAUGACAUGGAGGAUGAGCUGCAGAAGGCGCGCCUCAUCAGUGACCGCAUGUUUAAAGCGCACAACGAGCGUGACUUUGACCUCGACUGGCACAAAGAAAAGGCGGAUCAGUUGAGCGAGAGGUGGCAGAACAUCCACUCCCAGAUCGAUAGCAGGCUCCGAGACCUGGAUGGUAUCAGCAAAUCUUUGAAGCACUACAUAGACUCCUAUAGUAGCCUUGAUGAAUGGGUUAGAGACAUGGAGGCAGCACAGCUGAAGGCCCAGGAACACAAACCUGAGGAUAGCAAGGCACUGGCUGAGCUGUUAAACAAACAAAAAAUCCUUGUUGCUGAAAUUGAGCAGAAACAGAGCAGUAUCGACGAGUGUCAAAAGUACUCAGAGCAGUACUCAUCUGCUGUUAAGGAUUAUGAACUUCAGCUGAUGACGUUCAGAGCGAUGGUCGACUCCCAGCACAAAUCUCCUCUAAAGAAACGGAGGAUGCAGAGUUCUUCUGAUGCCAUUCAGCAGGAGUUUAUGGAUCUCCGAACACGCUACACUGCUCUGGUGACUCUGAUGACUCAGUAUGUGAAGUUUGCCAGCGAAACACUGAAGAGAACUGAGGACGAGGAGAGAUCUGUUGAUGAGGAGAAGAGAGAGAAUGGUGAUAAGGUUAACAAACUAUUGCAGUGGAUGUCCAGUGUGAAACAGACCGUGAGCAAUGGUGGGGAUGCUGUGAAAGAUAGUAAUGCCAACACAGAUGCUUCUAAUAAGCCGCAGGUGUCAGUGGAGGAAAUCGUCACUAAAAAGGAACAAAUUGCAGAAGCGCUGAGGUCCACACAAACGAUGCUAAACAAACACAGUGACAAAAUGACAGAAGAGGAAAGAAAGAAGGCCCAAGAUCAGCUGCAGUCUCUGACUCAGGCCUACAAUGAACUCUCUCAGCAGUGUUCAGAUCAGACUCCCUCUGCAGAUGAGUCUUUAUUGGAGAAACAGAAGGAGUUUACAGACAAGUUGGCGGACGUGUGUGAUAAUCUCACGCUGACCGAGAACCGCCUGAUUGGCCAUAAGCAACAGGCUGAAAAUGCUGAGAGUAUUACAGACCUGCAGCAGUACCAGCAGGAGCAUCAGGCUCUCCAAAAAGACGUGUUGACAAACGCCAGUGCCUUAAAUGACGUGAUCAGCAGUACUAAUAAAUUUCUCCUGGAAAACCGAAGCAAGAUGACACCAGAUCAAAUCGCCGCUAUUGAAAGCAAGCUGGAAGAGGCUAAAAGCAAAGCCAAGGUCAUCAACCAGCGAGCCGAGGACUCCAGAAAAGAUUUGGAGAAAGCUGUCACGACAGCCAUACAGCAGGAGAGCGAAAAGGCAGCAGCUGUUGAACAGCUUGAAGAGAGUAAGAGCAAAAUUGAAGGUCUUCUGGACUGGAUUUCCAAUGUAGGAAAUAAAAACAAGAGCAGCCUGGAUCAAACAGACCAUGUAAGUCAAGAAAAUGGAAACCUGCCAGAGGAACCUUCAGCUAAGGGACUGAUAACAGAGGCUGAUGAUGCCAACGGAAACGCUUUGCAGACCACUGAAAAGGAUUUUGGCAGAGAGACCAGUGGCGAGGACAAUGAAUCCCCGAAUCUUGAUAAGCAGUACCAAAGGCUCAAGGCCCAUCACCAGGAGAUUCUGUCCCAGCAGCAGGACCUGAUCGUGGCCACCCAGUCAGCUCAGGCUAUGCUUGACAAGCAAGCCAACGUGCUGUCUCCACAGGAGAAGGAGGCUUUGCAGAAGAACAUCCAAGAGCUAAAGGAGCGCUAUGAGACGUCCCUGACUCAGGCUGAGCAGCAGAUGAAGCAGGUGCAGUGUGUCCAGGAGGAGCUGAAGAAGUUCCAGGAUGACUGUGAGGAGUUUGAAAACUGGUUAAACCAGGCUGAAGAAGAGAUUUUGGAACUGGGAGCGCCUGCAAGCUCCCUUAAUAUCCUCAGUGAUAACCUUCAGCGACAGAAAAGCUUCUCGGAGGAUGUGAUUUCCCACAAAGGGGACCUUCGCUUCAUCACUAUUUCGGGACAGAAAGUGCUGGACGUGGCUAAGGCGUUUGGAUUGGCUGACCCGGCAGCUAAGGAUCCGCUGCUGCAUGUGGAUACUUCAGGGACCUGUUCUGCUGUCAAGGAUAAACUAGAUUCAGCAUCCAGUCGAUAUAAAACACUACACUCGCAGUGCAAUCUGCUUGGCAACAACCUCAAAGACGUGGUUGACAAGUACAAAAAGUAUGACGACUCAAGCACCGGUCUUUUGAAGUGGCUCAACAGCUCAGAGGAGGAGGCGAGAAAGCAGCAAUCAGAGGCCAUAGCAGCUGACCCUCAAACGCUACAGAAACAGCUGGAGGAUACCAAGGUUUUACAAGGUCAGAUGAUGGGGCACCAGACUGCUAUUGAUUCUUUACGUAAAACAGCUGAGUCUUUAAUAACAUCUGAAGGUGACCUGCUGAGCAAUCCAGAUGAGAUCCAGGAGACAGUAGAUGACAUAGUGGAGCGUUACGACAACCUUUCCAAGUCUGUAAGCGAUCGAAAUGAGAAGCUGCAGAUCACCCUGACUCGCUCUAUGAGUGUUCAGGAUGGCUUGGAUGAGAUGAUGGGAUGGAUGGAGGGAGUUGAGGCCAGUGUGGAAGAAAAAGGGCAAAUAAGCUUGGACUCUGCAUCUCUUGGAGGCAUCCUGAGCAAAGAAGCAGCUUUAGAGCAGGACAUAGCAAGUCGCCAGAGCAGCAUCUCAGCCAUGAAAGCCAAGGUGAAGAAGUUUGUGGAGACGGCUGAUCCCUCUGCUGCCGCGCUUCUGCAGUCUAAGAUGGACUCUCUCUCCCAGCGCUUCUCUGAUGCGUGUGAUCAGCACAGGCAAAAAAUUGCUACUCUGGAGAAGCUGAAAGAAAAGGUAGAGCAGUUUGAGAAUGUAGCCGAAAAAGUCCAGCAGUUUGUUUUGAAGCGCUCACAGGACCUGCACGAAACAGACGGCCCGGGGAAAACUUUCAAUGAACUGUCUCAGCUAAUGCAGAACACCAAAGCUGAGAUGGCUGAAUAUGCUGGUGAUUUGGAGAAGCUGCAGACUAUGUCCAAGGAGCUGUCUGAAAUAAGCCCUGAUGGAAACAAAGCCCAAAUUCAGAGCAAGCUGGACAAUCUCUCAAAUGUUUUCAGCACCUUUAAAGACACCAUCAAAGAAAAGGAAGAGGAACUGUCAUCUUGUCAGGACCAGCUGGGAGAGUUCAGAUCUGCAGCUAGCGCUUUCACUAAGUGGCUGGAGGAGGCUAAUGACAAAGUACCUGCAGAUCAGCCAAGCAGCAGUGAGAAAACUCUGGAGAGCGACCUGCAGAUAGUCACUGGAUUACUAGAUGAAUGGACAUCCAAAGGCCCCGCUGUCCAAGACCUGAACACUAAAGGAUCUACGCUGUGCAACUUGAUUACUUUCCUCACAUCACCUGCCAAGACAAAGACUCCCAACAAGUCGGCUCUUACUAAUGGUGAUGGUCCAGCAAGCCAUACCUACCUAACCAACAAAGAGCUGAUGGUUAUUCAGCAGAACAUGUCUUCCAUCAAUGUGGGGUACACGGACCUCGGAGAAACGCUGAAGAAUCGCUCAGCACAGCUGAGUAGUUUGUUGCAGAAGGUGAAAGAGGCCCAGAAGGAGACAGAUGACAUGAUGCUAUGGCUGAAGGACAUGAAAAAGACCGCGCAGUCCUGGAACAGUGCAGCCACAGAGAAAGACUCAGUGAAAACACAGCUUGAACAGCAGAAGGCAUUUGAAGAUAACAUGAAGCAAAAACAGGAGGCGCUUCACAAGCUCAGAGAGAAGCUCCUCGACUUGAUUAAGACUCAUCCAAACUCACCCGAGGCAGCAAAAUGGAAGCAGAUGUUGGCAGAAAUAGAUGCUGCCUGGGCAGACAUCAGUGGCUCUGUUGAGGAGAGGAAGCAGCACCUGGAGCAGUCCAAUAAGAAUCUGGACAUCUUCCAAACAACGGAGCAGCAGCUUGGUCAGUGGCUUUCAGAGAAGGAGCUGAUGAUGAGUGUCCUCGGACCCCUCUCCAUAGACCCGAACAUGCUUAAAAUGCAGAAGCAACAAGUCCAGAUCCUCCAGAAUGAGUUUAAGAGCCGCAAACCUCAAUAUGAACAACUUGAGGAAGCUGCCUCCGCCAUCCUAAGCUCAUCAGGCGAUCAGGACCCUUCGAGUGGGAAGCUGGUGAAGGAGCAGCUUGCUGCAGUCACUCAGAAGUGGGCAGGCCUCACAGGACAGCUGGACCAGCGAGACAGCCUUAUUGAUCAGGCAGUGGUGAAAACCGGGAAGUUUCAGGAGUUACUGAGGAGCCUCAGUAACACUGCCACUCAGCUGGAGAGUCAGCUCACAAACCAUCAGGGCCUCAGCACGCAACCUGAUGCUGUGAAGAAGCAGUUGGAGGAUGCCCAGAACAUCUCGGCUCAGCUGCGAGAGGAGAAGAAGAAGCUGAAGGAGGCUGAGGCCAUCAAUGAAGAGCUCACGGCGAUGGUGACUGAGGACUACCUCAAAGCAGACCUCGCAAGGCAGCUGGAGAGUGUUUGCAAGCCUUUUAAGCAGUUGGAAGAGAAAGCAGCAAAAAGAAUUGAACAGUUAAACUCCACCUUUGCCAGUUCUCAGCAGUUUCAUCAGACUUCCAAAGAUUUACAGUCAUGGCUGGGUGAGAAGCUACAGGACCAAUCGAAGCCCAAACCCAUCUCUGCCAAAGUGGAGGUUCUGCAACAAACUGUGGAGGAGCACAGUAAACUCCAGAAGGCUCUCGGUGAACAUGAGAAAGCUUUUAAUACAAUCAUUGGAGAGGGAGAGAUGCUUCUGCACAACAUUGAUGGUGCAGAGAAGUUAGCACUACAAGGUCAGCUCAGUACCCUCUCAUCCAACUGGGAAGAGGUGAAGAAGAGCUCCGCAGAGCAGGCUGACAAACUCCAAACUGCUCUGAUGAGAUCACUGAAGUAUCAGGAGCAUGCGGAGAAGCUUAACUCUUGGAUUCAGGAGUGUGAGGCUAGCGAGGGCCGAGUCAAGCUCACUGUUGAUCCUGCUGCUGUGGAGACUUCCAUUUCUCAGUUGAAAGCUCUCCAGAAGGAUGUUGAUAAGCACAGAGGGUUGGUGGAGCAGCUCAACGCAGCUGCAGAUAGCCUUCUUGAGGUGGCCAACACAGACACUGACGCUAUAAAAGAAGAGAAGGCUAGCACUGGCAAAAGAGUAGACAAUAUAGUGGAAAGUCUGCAGAGCAAAAGGGAAUCUUUAGAGAAGAUCUCGCACACAGUAAAGGAAUUUAAUGAUGCGUGCAAAGAGGCAAAGACUCAGCUUGAGGGAGCUAAGAAGCAAGUGGAUGCCUAUGAAACACAGGGAGUUCAGGCACACAGCAACAAGAGCCUAACCAACAUGAAAGCCCAACACAAGAGUUUAGAGGCUGUGCAGAAUCAAGUAGAGCACAUGAAGGCCUUGGCCACGGACCUUGUGGUGGAUGUCCCAGAUGCUGAAGGAGUGACAGACCUCUUACUACAGGCAGACAGCAUAGAAAAAGACUACGGCAACCUUAAUAAGAAACUGGAGGAGACGUGUCAAGCAUUGGAGGGUAAACUGCAGGGUAUCGGACAGUUCCAAAACAACAUCCGCGAGAUGUUUGCACAGUUCACAGAGCUGGAUGAUGAGCUAGACAGCAUGUCCCCAGUGGAUCUCAAUCUGGACACUCUUAAAGAACAGCAGGACAGCAUACAGAGUUUUGUGGCUAAGCUGCGAGAGCUCAUGGCUAACACAGCCAAUGCUGGAGACAGCUGUAAGAAGAUGUUAGAGUCUGAACCCUCACCUGACCUUCUGGGCCUGAAGAGAGAUCUGGAUGCUCUGAGUAAGCAGUGUGGCAAACUGUUAGACAGAGCCAAAGGAAGAGAGGUCCAGGUGCAGAGUACUCUCACAAAGCUAGAGGAGCUGUAUGGUAAACUCAAUCAAAUGGAAGAUAAACUCUGCAGAGCUGUGGACAAGGAGGCAUCCCAGGAGCCGGUCGGCAUGGAGACAGAAGUGAUCAACCAGCAGCUGGAGGCUUUCAAGGCUUUUCAGAAAGAGGACAUUGAUCCACUGCAGAACCAGCUUCAAGACAUCAAUUCCCUCGGGCAGGGUCUGAUCCAGAAUGCUGCUAAAGGCACCAGCACUAAGAAACUCGAGGACGACCUGGAAGGUGUCAACUCUAAGUGGAAUACCCUCAACAAAAAGAUUGCUGAGCGUUCAGCCCAGCUGCACGAAGCCCUCUUGCACUGUGGCCAGUUCCAAGAUGCUCUGGAGUCCCUACUCAGCUGGUUGACUGACACGGAGGAGCUUGUGGCCAAUCAAAAACCUCCGUCUGCUGAGUUCAAAGUGGUGAAGGCACAGAUACAAGAGCAGAAGCUCUUACAGAGACUGCUGGACGACCGAAAGCCGACAGUGGAGCUGAUAAAAAAGGAGGGAGGGAAGGUUGCUGAACUGGCAGAGUCUGUGGAUAAGGAGAAAGUGGCAAAAGAGAUUGAAUGCCUGGGACAGAGGUGGGACACACUCCUCAAGAAGGCUGAAAACAGGCACAAACAACUAGAGAGCAUCUUAGUGGUGACUCAGCAGUUCCAUGAGACUCUGGAGCCGCUAAGCGAGUGGCUGUCAGCCACAGAGAAACACCUCGCCAACUCUGAGCCAAUAGGCACUGAGACUUCUAAGCUGGAAGAUCAGAUAUCUCAGCACAAGGCAUUAGAGGAGGAGAUUAUGAAUCACAGUAAAGACCUGUUUCAGGCUGUCAAUCUUGGCCAAAUGCUCAAAACUGUGAGCUCAGUGGACGAUAAGGAGUUUGUUCAGUCUAAACUGGACACCACUCAGGCCAGUUACAUAGAGCUCCAGGAGCGAUGCAGGAGGAAAGCUGAAAUGCUUCAGCAAGCUUUGGCAAAUGCCCAGCUGUUUGGAGAGGAUGAAGUGGCUCUCAUGAACUGGCUCAACGAGAUACACACAAGGCUGAGUGAAGUGUCGGUGGAAGACUACAGACUAGAGGUUCUUGAAAAGCAGCUGGCAGACCAACGGGCACUGCAAAGUGAUAUUGACUUAAGGAAGAAGAAUGUUGACCAAGCCAUCUCCAAUGGGGUAGAGCUACUGAAGCAAACAACAGGUGAUGAGGUGAUCGUUAUCCAAGGCAAACUGGAUGGAAUAAAAACAAAAUAUGCUGAGAUAAACUCUAUGAGUGACAGUGUUUUAAAGACACUGGAGCAGGUUUUGAGUCUGUCUUCUAAGCUGCAGCAUACUCACACGGAUCUGAGCUCAUGGCUAGAGAAAGCAGAGGCUGAGAUUAACAGCUUUGCUCAUCAGGAGCCAGUCGGCGAGCAGCUGAUUCAGUCACAAAGCAGACAGAAGGCCAUGUUGAAAGAGAUCAAAGACCAAAAACCAGUGUUGGACCAGCUGAAUGAGUUGAGCAGUUCGCUCUUGGAUUUGAUCCCCUGGCACACUCGUGAGAGUUUGGACAAACUUGUGUCUGAGGAUAAUGAGAGGUACAGAGCUGCCUAUGACACUUUGACCCAGAAGGUCGACCAGAUCAAUGCUGACAUACUCAAGUCACAACAGUUUGAGCAGGCCGCAGACAAUGAACUCUCCUGGCUGACUGACGCUGAGAGGAAACUGCUAUCGAUGGGUGAGAUCAGGCUGGAGCAGGACCAAACCACAGCUCAGCUCCAAGCACAGAAGAUUUUCUCCAUGGACAUCAUGAGACACAAAGAUGCUGUAGAUGAGAUUGUGAAAACAGGAAAGGCCAUCAUGACCAGCAAAAACCCAGAGGAGAAAGAAAUCUUAAAGGCCAAGACACAGACUCUCCUCGAGAAGUAUGGUGUCGUCAGCCAGCUGAAUUCAGAGCGUUGUCUGCAGCUUGAGCGAGCCCAGUCUCUUGCCACUCAGUUCUGGGAGACCUAUGAGGAGAUGUGGCCAUGGCUUCAGGAAACUUUAAGCACCUUCAGCCAGUUACCCCCACCUGCCAUCGAGUAUGACACGCUCAGGCAGCAACAAGAGGACCUCAGGCAAAUGCGGGAACUGAUUGCAGAGCACAAGCCCCAUAUUGACAAGAUGAAUAAAACUGGGCCUCAGUUACUUGAGCUGAGCCCAGUGGAGGGUGAGCCCAUCAGAGAGAAAUACACAGCUACUGACCAACUUUACACCAAACUGAAAGCUGAUGUCAAGCAGAGAGCUGCCACUUUGGAUGAAGCCAUCUCCAAAUCCACUCAGUUCCAUGAUAAAAUUGAUCCCAUGCUGGAAUCCCUGGAACGGAUCGCUGAACGCCUCCACCAGCCUCCAUCCAUCUCAGUGGAGGUGGACAAGAUCAAGGAGCAGAUUACUGAAAAUAAGACGGUCUCUGUGGAUUUGGAGAAGCUGCAGCCAUCUUAUGAGACACUGAAGCAACGAGGUGAAGAGAUGAUCGCACGAUCCGAAGGGACAGACAAGGACCUGUCUGCCAAAGCUGUGCAAGACAAACUGGACCGCAUGGUUUUCCUGUGGAACGACAUCCAGGCAUUGGUGGAAGAGCGGGAGGCAAAGCUGCUGGAUGUGAUGGACCUCGCAGACAAGUUCUGGUGUGACCACACCGCCCUCAUCGUCACCAUUAAAGACAGCCACGACCUGCUGAGGGAGCUGGAGGAGCCCGGAGUCGAUCCUUCAGUCGUCAAACAGCAGCAGGAAUUUGUGGAGGGAUUUAAGGAGGAGAUUGAUGGGCUGCAGGAGGAACUCGAUGGGGUUCGAAACCAGGGUGCAGAGCUCAUGACUGCCUGCGGGGAACCUGAUAAACCUGUGAUAAAGAAGAGCUUGGAUGAAGUGAAUACAGCGUGGGAGAAUCUCAAUAAGACGUGGAAGGAGAGAGGAGAGAGACUGGAAGAAGCCAUGCAAGCUGCUGUGCAGUUUCAAGAUGGCCUGCAGGGUAUGUUUGACUGGGUGGAUAUUCUGGAGAGCAAGUUGGAUUCAAUGUCACCUGUGGGCACGGAUCUGGAAACCGUCAAGCAACAGAUUGUGGAACUCAAGGAGUUCAAAGGAGAAGCGUACCAGCUACAGAUCGAGAUGGAACGUCUGAACCACCAGGCCGGCCUCCUGCUGAAGAAGGUGACAGAGGAGGCUGACCGCUCCACCAUCCAGGAGCCGAUGUCUGAACUCAAAAUGCUUUGGGACAACCUGGAUGAGAAGAUCAUCAGUCGGCAGCACAAACUGGAGGGAGGCCUUCUCGCGCUGGGGCAGUUCCAGCAUGCACUGGAUGAGCUGCUGGCCUGGAUGAGCCACACCGAGGAGCUGCUCAAUGAACAGAAAAAUGCUGGAGGAGACCCCAAAGCCAUCGAGAUAGAGCUCGCCAAGCACAACGUCCUCCAGAUAGAUGUGUUGGCUCACAAGUCAACAGUCGAGACAGUGAACAAAGCCGGCAAUGAUCUGGUGCAGUCCAGCGCUGGAGAGGAAGCUUCUAGUCUGCAGAGCAAACUGGAGAAUCUGAACCAGCGAUGGAAAGCCAUCCUGGAAAAGACGGAGCAGAGGAAGCAACAGCUGGAAAGCUCUCUGCUUCAGGCUCAGGGUUUCCAUGGUGAGAUAGAAGACAUGCAGCAGUGGCUGAAAGACACAGAACGUCAGCUGUUGGCAUCAAAGGCUGUGGGAGGCUUACCAGACACGGCCCGGGAGCAGCUUAACGCCCAUCUGGAGUUGUGUUCUGCCUUUGAGUCAAAAGAGGAGCUGUAUCAGGAGCUCCAGAACAAGGGUCACCAACUGCUAACGAUGAUGCCCGAGGGUCCAGACAGUAACACGGAGCAGGACCUCGCCAACCUGAAGGAAAAAUGGGAAGCGGUGCAAGCGAAGGUCGCUGAAAGAAAGGUGAAACUAGAAGAAGCUUUGACUGUGGCCACAGAUUUCCACAACUCCCUGCAAGAUUUCAUCAACUGGCUAACCCAAGCAGAGCAGACGCUGAACACGGUUUCCCCCGCUUCCCUCAUACUGGAGACCAUCAUGUUUCAGAUAGAUGAGCAUAAGAUGUUUGUGACAGAGGUAAACUCCCACAGAGAACACAUUAUUGAACUGGACAAGACGGGCACACAUCUGAAGUACUUCAGCCAGAAACAGGAUGUGGUCCUGAUAAAGAACCUGCUGCUCAGCGUGCAAGGGCGCUGGGAGAAGCUGGUGCAGAGGUCUGUUGAGCGGGGUCGUCUACUGGACGACGCCAGGAAGAGGGCGAAGCAGUUCCAUGAAAAUUUCAAUAAACUGAUGGAGUGGUUAGAUGAAUCUGAGAAGACUCUGGACUCUGAAGUGGAAAUUGCCAAUGAUCCCGAUAAAAUCAAGACGCAGCUGGCACAGCACAAGGAAUUCCAGAAAGCUCUUGGCAGCAAACACUCUGUGUAUGAUACUACCACUCGAACAGGACGGGCCCUGAAAGACAAGACCUCUCUACAGGAUGACAGACAGAAGCUGGACGACAUGCUGAGUGAACUGAGGGACAAAUGGGACACUGUUUGUGGGAAGUCAGUGGAAAGACAAAACAAGCUGGAAGAGGCCUUGUUGUUCUCCGGCCAGUUUACAGAUGCUCUCCAGGCUCUUAUUGACUGGUUGUACAGGGUGGAACCUCAGCUGGCUGAGGACCAGCCCGUACAUGGAGACAUAGACCUGGUUCUCAACCUGAUAGACAACCACAAGGUUUUUCAGAAGGAGUUGGGAAAGCGGACAGUAAGCGUCCAGGCCCUCAAACGUUCAGCCAGGGAGCUGAUUGAGAACACUCACGAUGACUCCUCCUGGGUCAAAGUCCAGAUGCAGGAGCUGAGCACGCGCUGGGAGACGGUGUGCAACCUGUCGGUGUCUAAGCAGACCCGGCUGGAGCAGGCUUUGGGCCAGGCUGAAGAAUUUCACUCUGCUGUUCACAUCCUGCUGGAGUGGCUAGCUGAGGCAGAGCAAAGUUUGCGCUUCCACGGCAGCUUGCCCGACGAUGAAGAAGCUCUGCGUGCGCUUAUUGAACAACACAAGGUGUUCAUGAAAAAACUGGAAGAAAAGCGAGUGGCUCUAAAUAAAGCGGCCAGCAUGGGGGAGGCCAUUCUCAGCAUCUGCCAUCCAGACUCUAUCACAACCAUCAAGCACUGGAACACCAUCAUUAAAGCCCGCUUUGAAGAGGUGCAGGCUUGGGCCAGACAGCACCAGCAGCGACUGGCCACAGCCCUCACUGAGCUGCUAGCUACUCAGGAGCUGCUGGAGAAUCUUCUGACAUGGCUACAGUGGGCUGAGACCAACCUCAACGACAAGGAUAAGGAGCCACUCCCUCAGGAGAUCGAGGAGGUCAAAAACCUCAUAGCAGAACACCAGGCAUUCAUGGAGGAAAUGACCAGGAAGCAACCAGAUGUUGACAAAAUCACCAAGACACACAAAAGGAAGGCUGCUGCGGAGCCCCAGAUCCAAUCUCAGAUCCCCGUGUUGGACAAAGGAAGAGCUGGAAGAAAACGUUCUCCCACGCAAGCGAUGUAUGCGUCAUCAACACAAGCUCCCAUUGAAACAAAGAACCCACGGGUUAACCUGCUGGUGACCAAGUGGCAGCACGUGUGGCUGCUGGCUUUGGACAGAAGGAGGAAACUCAAUGAUGCUUUGGACAGACUGGAGGAGCUAAAAGAAUUUGCCAACUUUGACUUUGAUGUGUGGCGGAAACGUUACAUGCGCUGGAUGAACCAUAAAAAGUCUCGCGUCAUGGACUUCUUCCGCCGCAUUGACAAAGACCAAGACGGCAAAGUGACGCGACAGGAGUUCAUAGAAGGCAUCCUCUCCUCCAAAUUCCCAACAAGUCGUCUGGAGAUGAGCGCCGUGGCAGACAUCUUUGACAGAGACGGUGACGGCUACAUUGACUACUACGAGUUUGUAGCAGCUCUGCAUCCCAACAAAGAUGCUUACAAACCACUAACAGAUGCUGACAAAAUUGAGGACGAGGUCACGCGCCAAGUGGCGAAGUGCAAAUGUCCAAAACGAUUCCAGGUGGAGCAAAUUGGUGCCAAUAAAUACCGGUUCUACCUUGGAAAUCAGUUUGGAGACUCUCAGCAGCUUCGCCUUGUGAGAAUUUUGCGCAGCACUGUGAUGGUGCGGGUGGGAGGAGGCUGGAUGGCACUGGACGAGUUUCUGGUGAAGAAUGACCCCUGUCGAGUGCAUCACCACGGGAGCAAAAUGUUGCGCUCGGAAUCAAACUCUUCAAUUACUCAGUCUCCUAUAGCUAAAGGCAGGACCAAUGUGGAGCUGCGAGAGAAGUUCAUCCUCCCAGAGGGAACCACUCAAGUGAUGGCAAGCUUCCGCUACAGAGGCCGGAGGUCUCGGCCGUCAUCUCGAGGAGCUUCUCCAAACAGAUCCACCUCCAGUCAGAGCCUCCCCGUCCCCACCAACCCAGCAGCGACCAGCACACCCAAGAAUCCCCAACACAUAACCCGCAAUUAUGAUAAGCCAUGGCUUACAAACAGCAAACCCUCCACUCCUCUUAAAUCAUCAGACUCCUUUGGGAGCCAAGGUUCAUCCUCAGAGAGUAAUCCGGUUCAAGGCAGCAAAUUGCGUUUGCCUGGGUACCUGUCCGGCAAAGGAUUUCAGUCAGGUGAAGAAGGGAGCUUGAUCAGUGCUGCUGUACUAAAAGCUCGAACUCAGACAAUAGGUGAAUCGAGAAAAAAUUCCAGCCGACCAGGAAGUAAAGCCGGAAGCAGAGGAAGCAGUCGCAGAGGAAGUGACGCCUCCGACUUUGACAUCUCAGACAUCCAAUCCGUGUGCUCAGAUGUUUCCGAGACGGUCGGCGACUCUGCCAGAGCGACGCCGCGCUCCGCAUCCCGUCAACACGGAGGGAAACCCUCUAAGAUCCCCACACCACAAAGAAGAAUGACCCCUACAAGCAAACUGGCCAAGGGAUUGAAGCGAUAGACAGUGGCCUUGAAAAAAAACAAACAACCAACCCAGGAGCUAUUUGCACCCUAAACACAUAAUGGACACUGGAGAUGUGUAACUUAAAGAAAAAAAAAGUAAAAAAGACUGCAAAUGUGUCACGUGUUAUUUAAAUUCUUGCAAAGAUGUAAAAUAUUCUGUUAAGAGGCAAUAUGGUUUAAUAUUUUGUGAGAAUGGAAAGUCAAUGGCCUUGUGUAUUUGUUUUUAAUGUAUUUUAUUUUUUGUGAAAAUAUGUCAAAUUGUUUUUAUUGUACUUUAUUUUUAUUUAUGCAAAUCCUGUAGAGGAUUGAUGAACACUAGAAAAUCUGGGAAUGAUCAAGCCGAACUAACAUUUCUACACUAAUGAAGGGCAAAGAUGCAGGAUAGUGCUCUAAGAGUUACUGAAUGUACUAUUAUUUAUGUAUGCUUUUGUUUGGAGUAGAUGGUGCAUUAUGGUACCGUUUGACACACUGCGAUUAUCUAUUUAAGUGCUAUGUUAUACUGCCAACAUGCAUUUAAAGGGCAAUGCAAUAUAUUACAAUAAACCCCACUAAGCACUGCAGAAGCCUUCGAAAACCCCUAUUUAAGACAAGUAGCAAAAACCUCGUAACCAUGAUGCUUUUAUGUCCCCGUUUGUCAGCAGCUGCAGCCCGUCUUUUGUUUAACCACCUCACAGCAAAUGAGUACUCUGACCUCGAAGAGGUACCACUUCAUGUAGACAUUCUCUGUGCAUCCAUGUCAAUGUAUGGUUAAUUUCGGUAGAGCUGAAAUUGUUACUGUAACAUUACUUUGUAAUAAACCUGCUUGCAGAAAGCCACCAGAGACUGGUGUGCACCACAGAA